AUGCCACUAACAUUUACACCGGUAAACCUUAAGAAAGGUGUCAUUCGGGAAUCAAUAGAUCUAAACAUUAUUUUCUCGGGUGCAUCAACCUACAUUCAGUCGAAUGUUUGGAUACUCGAGGAGUACGAGGGACAACUUAUCACAACUGGUCAUGGAGUAGCAAGAAACCCUAGUCAGGAAACCAUCAAUAACUGGUUUAAGAUAGAGAAGUAUGAGGAUGGUUACAAGCUUGGGUUCUACCCGGAAGUAUGUGACCCUUGUAGGCUUAUUUGUGGAAAUAUUGGUGUUGUGAUUGCUAAAAAUGGAAGUAGACGUCUGACUAUUAAUGAAGCGCCUUUUAAGAUUAUGUUUAAGAGGGCAUAA